AUGUCGACCGAUACAAGUGUAAUCUUGAUCGACUCGGUCAGCCUGACGACGAUAGGCACCACGCUGACCAGCGUUACCACUUCCUUCUCAACGACAAUCACCGUCACAGGGUCCGACACGACUUCGACGCCCGAGACGUCUUCUACACCUCCGACUACGAUUACUUCCGUCACUUCCAUUCCUCCUUCGACCACAUUCGUUCCUCCCACAACCACGCCCACUUCCAGUCCCAGUGUUGUUGAGGUUACAGCAACCAUUACACAAACACCAUCAGUCCCGCCCGAAGCUCCGACGACCCCCACUCCCUCUGUCAUUGUCGUCACAUCGACGUUUUCCCAAGAAACCGCUUCCGAUACCGCAACAGACCAAACAACGUCCACUUCGUCGAGUACAACUGCCACACCAUCAGCAUUAAGUGCCUCGGGCGGCUCGAAUGCUUCAGGUGGCUUGGGUUCAGGAGGAAAGAUUGCAAUAGCCGUCGUCAUCCCUAUCGUGGCAAUUGCCGCGGCCUUUUUGAUCGGAUUCUUCUUGUGGAGAAAGAGGAAAGCCAGGAAGGACGCGGAAGAGCUGCGCAAGAGCGAGAUGGCGGAAUAUGGUUUCAACCCCAACAGCGACCCGACACUAGCAGCUGUGGCCGGGUACGCGGACAACGUCUCCGAAGGGCCCGAUGACAACAGUGGAUAUCGUGGAUGGGGAGCCACUUCAUCGAACCGAAAAGCCUCCACUACUCUUGGUUCUAAUGGCUUCGGCACCGGUGGUGCAGCCUUGUCAGAAAGCAGCAGUCAACCAGGCGGUUAUGGCGCAGGAGCCUCGCCCAACACCGCGUCGGAUCGUUAUUCCGAGGCUCCCUUGAUGAAUGGCCACCCCGAAAGUGGUGACGGUGUUGCAGCACUGGGGGCUGGCGUGGGAGGACUGCACAGACACCGUAGCGGAGCAGGAGACAUCCGCCGCGGACCAUCCAAUGCUUCUUCCGCCUACUCCUCUGGCCACCACUCCGAAGCCUCCUCAGAUGCACCCCAAAUGCCUGGACCAUAUUCCCAGGAGGAAGUACCUUAUAACAUAUACAAUGACGCGAACGCUAGCCAUGGUCCUUAUGGCGAUGGCUCAUACGGUGGUGCUGGAAGUCAGCCUGUUAUACGUGACAACCAAGCAAGGCGAAACACUCGCAUCGAGCGAGCGCCGACAUUCCCACAGGCCCAGGGCGGGAUUGCCCAAAAUUUCUAA